AUGUCUAACCCUCAGGACUACACAGUCGGAUGGAUCUGUGCAUUAAACACAGAAUACGUUGCCGCACAAGAAUUCCUCGAUGACGAGCAUGAACCACCGGAGUUUGUCUCGCCUAAUGACACCAACGACUACACAUUGGGCAGGCUUGGAAAGCAUAACGUCGUCAUAGCCGUGUUACCUGACGGUGAAUAUGGAACAGCUUUAGCUGCUAGUGUGGCCACAAAUAUGCUUCACAGUUUUCCAAAUGUCAGGAUCGGCUUGAUGGUGGGUAUUGGUGGUGGGGCACCAAGUAGAAAGCAUGAUAUCCGUCUUGGCGAUAUUGUGGUUAGCGCGCCUCGUGACGGCGAUGGCGGUGUUUUCCAGUAUGACUUUGGAAAAACAAUACAGAAGCAGGCCUUCCAUUAUACAGGAUUCCUGAAUCAACCACCGCAGAUACUACGCGCGGCAGUGGCAGGGAUCCAGGCCCAGCACGAGAGGAAGGGACAUCGACUUGAAGAGGUUAUGGAAUCGAUACUUGAAAGAAAUCCAAGACUACGUCAGAAAUAUAGACGACCGCAGCCUAGUUCUGAUAGACUUUUCAAAGCCGAAAUCACCCAUACAAAGACCUGUGCAGAGCUCUGUGCUAACGAUCCAUCAUGUUUGGUCGAGCGACGCGAGCGAGCAGAGCAUGAGGAUGACCCGGUCAUUCACUAUGGCUUGAUCGCCUCGGGAAACCAGCUAAUGAAGGAUGCUGUGAUCCGUGACCGACUUGCGGAAGAAAAGGAUGUUCUAUGUUUUGAGAUGGAAGCAGCAGGGUUGAUGAAUCAUUUCCCAUGCCUGGUCAUACGGGGGAUUUGUGACUACUCAGACUCUCACAAGAACAAAGAGUGGCAAGGGUAUGCUGCAAUGGCCGCGGCUGCUUAUACAAAAGACCUCCUCUCUCGCAUUCCGCCAAAUAAGAAAGAUCCCCUGUGGUCAGACCCGUCAGGCCAGCUGAAAAGGGGUUUUGAAUAUCGCAGAAUGGGAACUGAUUCUGAGAUAGAUAAGUUUCGACGCAUUGUAGGCACAAUUAUUCUCUUAGCAGAGCCCCUUUCACGGUCAUCUCUAGCAUCUUUGCUUAAUAUCGACAGUCAACAGAUUGAGGGACAUCUUUCAUCUCUCCAUUCUGUCCUGAGUGUGCCAUCCUCUACGGACUCUCCGAUAAGGAUGUUGCACCUUUCAUUCCGUGACUUCCUCAUUGACCCUGACAAACGUCACAUGAACCCAUUCUGGGUGGACGAGAUGGAAACUCACAAGAUGAUCAUGGCUAAAUGCCUUGAACGAAUGUCCCAACCGGGAAUUCUUCAACAAAAUAUAUGCAACCUGCCGGGCCAUGGGACACUACGAGCUAAGAUCGAUGGCAAAAUCAUAGGCAACCACUUACCACCAGUUAUACAAUAUGUUUGCCGCUUCUGGGUAUACCAUUUGAAAGAGAGUCAGACACGCAUCCAUGACGGUGAUCCAGUCCAUGUGUUUAUAGAGGAUCACUUUUUACAUUGGCUGGAAUCAUUGAGCCUUUUAGGAAGAAUUGCAGAAAGUAUUCAGCUAAUUCAGACCUUACAGACUGUUGCAAGUGAUAAGGACACGGAAAUAUACAGAUUCCUUAACGACGCAAUGCGGUUCAUUCGAAAGAACAUCUCAGUGAUUGAUCAGGCGCCUCUCCAGCUCUAUGCAUCGGCACUUAUUUUCAUACCAGAAAAAAGUAUAAUCAGGAAUAAAUAUAUCAAUAAGAUCCCUAGCUGGAUUCAGAAAUUACCAGAAGUGGAGUCAGCCUGGAGUGCAAUGUUGCAGACCCUUGAAAGCCAUUCUCACCAGGUUCGGGCAGUGGCGUUCUCUCCUGACGGCAAGCUAGUGGCCUCAGGCUCUGGUGAUCAGACGGUCAAGCUGUGGGAUUCAGCGACUGGCACUCUGCGGCAGACGCUCCAAGGCCAUUCUGGUUGGGUUAAUGCAGUGGCGUUCUCUCCCGACGGCAAGCUAGUGGCCUCAGGCUCUGGUGAUGAUACGAUUAAGCUGUGGGAUUCAGCGACUGGCACUCUGCGGCGGACGCUUGAAGGCCAUUCUGAUUCGGUUGAUGCAGUGGCGUUCUCUCCUGACAGCAAGCUAGUGGCCUCAGGUUCUGGUCGGACGGUCAAGCUGUGGGAUUCAGCGACUGGCACUCUGCGGCAGACGCUCCAAGGCCAUUCUGGUUCGGUUCAUGCAGUGGCGUUCUCUCCCGACGGCAAGCUAGUGGCCUCAGGCUCUAGUGAUCGGACGAUCAAGCUGUGGGAUUCAGCGACUGGCACUCUGCAGCAGAAGCUCGAAGGCCAUUCUAAUUCGGUUGAUGCAGUGGCGUUCUCUCCUGACAGCAAGGUAGUGGCCUCAGGUUCUGGUCGGACGGUCAAGCUGUGGGAUCCAGCGACUGGCACUCUGCGGCAGACGCUCCAAGGCCAUUCUGGUUCGGUUCAUGCAGUGGCGUUCUCUCCCGACGGCAAGCUAGUGGCCUCAGGCUCUAGUGAUCGGACGAUCAAGCUGUGGGAUUCAGCGACUGGCACUCUGCGGCAGACGCUCCAAGGACAUUCUGGUUCGGUUUAUGCAGUGGCGUUCUCUCCCGACGGCAAGCUAGUGGCCUCAGGUUCUGGUCGGACGGUCAAGCUGUGGGAUCCAGCGACUGGCACUCUGCGGCAGACGCUCGAAGGCCAUUCUGGUCAGGUUUAUGCAGUGGCGUUCUCUCCUGACGGCAAGCUAGUGGCCUCAGGCUCUGGUGAUCAGAUGGUCAAGCUGUGGAAUUCAGCGACUGGCACUCUGCGGCAGACGCUCGAAGGCCAUUCUGGUUGGGUUAAUGCAGUGGCGUUCUCUCCCGACGGCAAGCUAGUGGCCUCAGGCUCUGGUGAUGAUACGAUCAAGCUGUGGGAUUCAGCGACUGGCACUCUGCGGCAGACGCUCGAAGAUUCUGGUUGGGUUUAUGCAGUGGCGUUCUCUCCCGACGGCAAGCUAGUGGCCUCAGGCUCUAGUGAUGAUACGAUCAAGCUGUGGGAUUCAGCGACUGGCACUCUGCGGCAGACGCUCGAAGGCCAUUCUUUUUGGGUUUAUGCAGUGGCAUUCUCUCCCGACGGUAAGCUAGUGGCCUCAGGCUCUGGUGAUCAGACGGUCAAGCUGUGGGAUUCAGCGACUGGCACUCUGCGGCAGACGCUCCAAGGCCAUUCUGGUUGGGUUAAUGCAGUGGCGUUCUCUCCCGACGGCAAGCUAGUGGCCUCAGGCUCUGGUGAUGAGACGAUCAAGCUGUGGGAUUCAGCGACUGGCACUCUGCGGCAGACGCUCCAAGGCCAUUCUGGUUCGGUUUAUGCAGUGGCGUUCUCUCCUGACGGUAAAUUUCUGGAGACUAAUCAAGGGCGAUUCAAUAUUGAAUCUCUUCAUGUUUGCAGUCUAUCCCAAACAGCAAGCAGUCCUUAUAAAAACAUACUAGUGAAGGGUCAGUGGCUGACUCGCAAUGAUUCCAAUGCCAUUUGGUUGCCUGUUGAGUAUCGGGUAACUUGUUCCGCCGUGUAUGAGAGCAUGCUUGUCAUGGGACAUGUUUCAGGUCGAGUUACUUUUCUGAAGAACUGGAGAACCGUGAGCGAGGAGGCGUGCCGAACGGGAGCUAAAAACGGCCCGAUGGCAGUACCCGAAGGCGGUCCGCAGACACCAGAAAACUCUGCACGGAAUGAGGCCAUCCCAAGAGCCCUAGGCCGGAGACAGAAUCUACAAGCAGAAACCCUACGAACCCUAGUAGUUGAAUUCCCCCCAUUAAACAAUAGCAAAAGAAUCUCGUACCAAAUGGUUGCGAAACUCAUAGAGAACCAAGCAACUAUAAACCUACCCCUAAAACCAUGGGCUGAAGUUGCCUCCGCAAUCAACCCAUCAGCGAUCAACAUAAUCCCACGACCCCAGAAAGAACUGAACUGCGUCCAAAUCAGCACUGCACGGCUAGAAACAGCAGAUAACAAUGGAAACAACAAGGACAAUUUCAUAAGAUUCCUGCCUACUGAUACCGCGAAUAAACAUAUUAGAAUGGCCUUAUCAACCACCGAACCCAUCAAAGAUGUACAGGUAGCGGGUGUUGGCACCACUAAGAUAGGCUAUUCGGCUGAAACAGCCCAGAACAACACCGCAUGGCUGGAAGAACUAGGAAACAAAACCAAGCUGGAAAAGAAAGAAGGAAUUGAGAAGAUUAUGGAAGAGAAUGACCUGGCCGAGAAGAGAUUUGAAAUCGAGGAUAUUGCAUGGCUAAAGAAGAAGGAUAGCCCGCUAGGAAAGUCCGCAUCUAUGGGCAUCUGGCUAAAUAUACCAGAGGCAGCAGAAUCUAUCAUCAGUAAUGGCCUCCUAGUUGGACAAAGAUAUAUCAGAAAAGUUUGGCCAUCUAGCUUGGUCAUGCAAGGAACAGAGAACAUCCUACUGGGCACAAAAGGUGCCAAGCACCUCUUAACCCGAAUUCCUCCCAAUAAUGUCAUCAACACUAUGUCUACUACAGUUGAACAUCUGGAAAUCCAGGGCAGGAAUGGAAGCCCUCAUUAA